GCCCUCCAUCUCGUGUGUUUCGCCAUUGGUCUGGGAUGAUGUCAUCCACAGUGGAGACAAUAGAGCCCACCUCCCCCGUCACAGUGUCUCCUCACACACACACGCACAGCGGCUCAGAGUGACACACGCUCAGACGUGACGCUCAGCUGAGUUAGCCAAAGCACUGACAUGUAUUUAUUCAUCUGCUUCUCUUAAAAACCCGGAGCUGUGCAUCUUCUAUUCAAGCCAGCUUUUUUUUUUUAUUAUCUUUUUUUAUUUAUUUAUUUUUUUAAAAUACAUGAACAAAACGAGUCAGGCAGGGUAAGGAAGGUGUUACACAUCUGGAUCAUACCAACGCAGCGGGUCGUGCUACUACAGACAUGAGGAUCUCUCAUUCCGCUGCGCACAAAUGAUGGAAACACUACGGGAAGGACUGCCACGCUUGAUCUUUGCAUAAACCCAGAUGCCUCCCCUCCCUCUUGAUGAGCGCAUAGUGGUCAUUCAGCGCCCUAAACACAUAGCCCUGUGUGAGGCUUCCCCGCAAACCAUCCCGCAACACUCCUCUCAAAUAUCAGCCACUUCCAAUGGACACCCUCCUCAUCUCCAUCCUUCGCAGUGCCAUUUCUAUCCACCCGUCUGUAAAUCUCUGACUCUGGAAUGCAAGCGCAGACCCUCUCGUGUGCAGAAAUUCAAGAGCGACCAACCUGUCAUCCCAGCAGCAGGUGUCCGACACAUCCCUAGCCACUGCCACAGCAAUGGCACAGUAACCCUCGGCCCACGGCUGCCCUCCCACACACAUACUAUCGAUAUCCGGGUGACGGUGGACAAAGGAGGUCGGGGAGGAGGAAUCAGCAACUCGUUGGGGCGCAGCGGAACUUUAAAAGGUGGCAGAGGGAAAUGUGUGGCUUCACAGUUGGAUCAAGGACAAUGUGAGAAGAGAACUGGAACUGCAGGGAGGCCAGGUGGUGCCGAACACAAGUCACAGCGAAGUCGCCAUAGUCAGCUGUCAUCUUCCCCCGGAGGCAUCCUACAAUUCGUCCCAGCUCAGGCGCAACAGCAGAGGUUCAGGAGUGAAAAGGAAAACACUAGUAUUCUUAACAGAAGCAACCAGGAAUUUCCCUCUCUAGGUCCCAAGAAGAAUUCCAAACUGGGAACUGUCCAUCAAAGCCAUAACAGUCACAGUCUGCCCUACCACCAAAACUCCGUCCCUGUACCCCAUGCCGCCAUCCUAAACUCCAACUAUCCGUCACCCCCUCCCUCCCAACCCACCCAUGUCCCAGUCCCAUUUCAGCAACUCAGCCAGCCUCACCCGUCCCGCACCAGGGAUCUCCGCCCUCACAUCCUUCAUGGUCUUUCCCUCUCCCCCUGCUCCUCCCACGCCGGAGCGUUCCCCAGCCCUGACCAUACCUGCACCAUUGACUGCACCCACCCGUUCAGUUGUGGCUGCUGGAGGUUGGUAAGAUGCAGAGGGUGUAAGGGGCACACUGCCAGCUGCCAAAGAGGUGGAGGAAGCUCUUCUACCUCGUUCUCCUGUGUUCAUAAUGUCGGAACAGUGAAGAGAGGAGGCAAAGAAAUGGGCCUGAGAAAUCUGGGUGGGUGUCUCUCCACCGCCUCCACCUCCAACACCUCCUCUUCUAACAGCACUGUGUCUGACUGCCGAGCAAGCUUGUUCAAACCUCUCCGCUGUGCCUCCUGCUCCGGCGAGGCCGGAAACUUCGAGAGUCCUGCUAUCCUUCGUAAAAGACUGGUAGGGGGAUGCCUGCCCUGUACCCCGCUGUCCUCCUCGGCCCCUCUCCGGGCGAUACAGAGCUGCGUCACAGGCUGCAACCCAAAAGCCUCUCAGACGGGCAGCUCCACCUGCAGUUACUGCAGCAGCGACCCCAUAGUGGUGACAUUUAACCCCCGCAGAGGCAAACCGCCAGGAAGAGGCGUUGGAGGAGCUCAUCCGAUGGGUAUGUUCCAAGCUGAUGAUGAUGACUACAGUGUGCGUACUAUCUGGCCUGAAGAACUAGCCAAGAAGAUGACCCACUCUAAAGCCCAAAAGAAUCACUGUGCUGGGAUGGGAGUAGGAGUCGGGAAGACCUGUGCAACCCAGGCCCAAAAUGGCAGUAAUGGAACAGGCCUUCUCCUGGACUGUCAAAACCUCCAGGAGUACGCACAGUCUCAGCAUACAGACCGUGCUGGCCGACGGCGGCUUCAGCAGGGGAAAAUGGCUGCCCUUGAUUUUAUGGGUCGUAGGUCAGGAUCUGGGUACGACGAAGGCCGGAACUCGCUGAAGAGGCUCUUGAAUAAAGGCGAAGACGGUACUGAGCAAGACGGAGAUGCACCAUAUCCACGUUCCCCUUCUCCCCGCUCUGCCUCUCCACCGUCACCUGUGUCCUUCUCGCCUCCACCGUCCGCCCCUACCACACUCAUCAAACCCAAACCCUGGCAGAGAGAACGGGAGGGAGGACAUUCCCUGCCAACGGCUCAGUCACUUCACCUGGCCCUCAACUCCCUGAACAGAGAGCAAGACGAGGAGAACAACAGAAUGCACCUUUCUCUGCCGCUCUCGUCUUCUUUGCCGGCUUCUCUGUCCGAUGAGACCGCGAUGACUCCCGAUGCGGAGAACGCCGUGGUCAGUCCCAUCCUGCCCUUCCUGUUUCUGGGGAACGAGAGAGACGCCCAGGACCUGGACCUGCUGCUGCGCCUCAACAUCGGCUACGUGGUCAACGUGACCACACACCUGCCCCUCUACCACGUCAACUCUGGACUGCGCUACAAAAGGCUGCCAGCCACCGAUAACAGCAAGCAAAACCUUCGACAAUACUUUGAGGAGGUUUUUGAGUUCAUUGAGGAGGCAUAUCAGAGUGGACAGGGAGUGUUGGUACACUGCCAGGCAGGCGUGUCCCGUUCUGCGACCAUCGUCAUCGCCUACCUUAUGAAGCACACCCUCAUGACAAUGACAGACGCCUACAAAUACGUGCGGAGCCGUCGUCCAGUGGUGUCCCCGAAUCUAAACUUCAUGGGCCAGCUUUUGGAGUUCGAGAGGGACCUCAACUCCGGGGUGACUCCUCGUAUCCUGAUGCCUAAACUUAACGGCGUGGAGACGCAGGUGUGAGGAAGGUCAGGAGCGUGUAGAGGUUACUGCAGGUAACGAAGAGAUUAAAGCGGCACUGAUACGCGUCAAAGAAAGAGUGCAGCACAUUUUGGAACAGAGACACGAUGAGAAAUAUUACAAUUGGAAAACGGUGGUGUGUUUGGCAGUUAGUGCACUUUUAAUACUGUGAAACAUGAGACAAAAGACUGGAUGCUUCAUUUGUUUAAGUAGUAACUCUUAGACAACAUGAUCAUCGUCCAGUAUACUGUUUAUAAGAUAAUGUGCCAAUAUUUUGUAUAGACCUAACAUCGCUCUCAGAUAUCCCAUUUCUUUUUUUUCUGAUGCCUCUUCCUUUUUGUUCCCUUCGUUUACAAUCACAACCACACACGGAAAUACAAUGACUUUGUGGCCAUUAAUCAUAAAUGCAUGCAGAACGGGUACGCAAACAUGGAAAAAGGUUCACUGAUGAUGUCCUACUUCAUCUACAAAACCCCUCUGAUGUUUCCACCACAUGUAGCAACACACAGGUUAUUACAAACGCACUUUACUUCCCAUGCAUUUGCUUCAUUAUCAUCAACUGAAUUGUCACAAAGACGAGAAGAAUUCAUCACACAGACCUCAGUCACUGUAUUUGGUUAAUAUUAUCAUGUAUAUGGGUUUUUGUUCCUAUUUGGAAACUGUGCAAUAGAGCGGCACGGGCCGAGUAGGGACGUGAGUAGCAUUAACCUGGGAAACUUUUCGCAAAAGGGACAAACAGCUCAUGGAAAUGUGUAAGAAUGGUUUUAUUUCAGUGAAGCGGCCUGUAUAUUAGCAAAGAAAAAGCAUUGCAAGACGGACAUAAUGCUGUGCACUCACAGGGCUGGAGUGACAAUACAGCACUGUGUUAAUGUGUGGGAAUAAAAACUACAUUUUAAUAUGCAGGUUAUUCCACUGAAAUAAGCUCAUUAUACACACAUUUACUGCCGAGCUGAAACCACAACUCGGAGAUAUCUUUAUGCACAUUAUGAUUUACAGUAAAUCCGACCGGAUGUGUGGGUUGGCGGUUUUUGUCUUGCGGUAAUAAUGUGCUUUAAAACAACAGACCUUCUCCAACUGUGCAGUAUUUCAUUCGUAGUUAAUUCAUAAAAGAGAUGCAUUAUUUUAAUUAAUUUCUUAUGACGUAAAAAACGUUCUUGUUUGGUGUUUAGCAUGAAACAGCUCUGUCAUGGUGCACGGACAGAUACCUCUAUAAAUAUAAAAAGCACAUGGUAGUUUGAUUUAAAGGAGACAGUAACAGUAAAGACGCAACAUUUAACAUCCUGCUUAACCUGUCUAUUCGGGAACAUGGAGCCAAACUACUUAUUAUGUGUUAUGGUGAAAAAAAACUUUUAUUUUGUAACUCUUGAUUUCAGAUUUUUGAUUUGUUUUAACAUCCUGCGGCAGAUUAUAAGCAUUAUUUCCCACAGUAGCAGAAAGGGACUGACAACCAAGAACCACUUUGAAAUAUGUAUAGUUUCAUGGCGUACACUACCUUACCUAAGUCAUGAAAACUCUUAAAGCCAAACCUACUUUACAUUUAGUUAUUUUAAUACUUUUGUGAAAGAGUAAAAAAAGAAAAACAUCACUGUUUUUUUAGAUAUGUGAAGUCUGAUAGCUGAUUAGUUGAUGUCUGAUACUCCCUAAUUGUUCUUUUGCCUUAUUGUCCCUACUGAACUUCUUAACUGUGUCCCUCGUGACUAUGCAUUGCUUUUAUUAUGAAGGCUUUGGUUACUCUUCCGCAGUAUUGUUAAGGUCGAGGCCUGAGUCCUAUUCAAUACACGCACAGCCAAUCUGCACAGUCAAUCUUCUGGUUUAAGGUUAAAGCAAAACAUUACUAGCCAUAGGAGGAUAUGAAAAAAGAGAUUUUUUAAAGAGGACCUAUUAUGCUUUUGGACAUUUUUUCCUUUCCUUUAGUGUGUUAUAUAGUUUUUUGUGCAUGCAAAAGGUCUGCCAAGUUACAAAGGGAGUUACCGCCUUCUCUUCCGUAACGUGGUGAUGUCACCAAGUAACACAUUUGCAAAAUACCUGCUUAGUGGCAAGUUUGGCACGCCCUCAACAAACAAAGCUAAUAAGAGCGGAGCUUGAGCGGAGUCCGAAGAGUUGGGUUCGGUUGACCAAUCACUACCGAGUGGGCCAGCUGACCAAUCAGAGCAGACUGGGCUUUUUUGGGGGGGGGCGG